AUGGAAAAGGACAUGAAGAAAAAGAAGACACAGAGUCAUGAUGGCAGUGGUCAACAACAACAGCAGCAAAACAGAAACUCCUUUGAUGCAAUUGACAGAAAUGUUGGUGCGAAGAAAGGGGAGCAAGAGAAGAAAGAAAUUGUAGAGCUGGUGGUUGGAAGUCAGGGGCCAACCACAUUUCCCAGCAGUUCUCAGCCAAAUCACGCCCCACCCCCGGCACUUGUUCAUGAUGUUAUCAGCGGCAUUCAGCCGUUACCAACAGAAUCUCCACCAGCCCUGAAUCGAGCACAAAGGGCCUCAGAAGCGAAACCUGGGGCCUAUGCUGUGGCGGGGAUUAGACCCAUGUUUCAUCGCCCA